AUGAAGUAUAUAAUUCCUUUAUUCAUCGUUUUCUUCUUCGCCAUUCACGCAAGUGAAAGCACGAAGAAAAUCGAGAAACGUGGUCUUCUCGGAGGUAAUGGACACGGCCAUGAUGUAUCUGGAUUCAAUAUUGAUAAUAUCGAGUCUGGUUCUUAUUUGCCACCACUGCCAUCUGUGGGAACAACUAAGAAAUCCUUCUUAGUCUCUUCUGUUUCCUCUCCAAGUUAUAGUGCCCCAGUCCCAUCCUAUUCUCCGCCAAUAUACAGAGUACCUGUUGUAGCACCAGUCCCAUCUUACAGCGCUCCUGUUUCUGCUCCAGUGCAAUCUUAUAACGUCCAUGUUUCCGCAGUCCCAUCUUAUGCUGCUGCUGUACCAGCUCCAACAUACGGUGUUCCUGUCUCUGUAUCGACAUCUUAUGGAGUCCCUAGCCUUCCAUCAGUACCUCUUCAUAGCAGUGUGGCAGCACCAGUGCCUGUGUCCGUGCCCAGUUUGAGUAAUGGAGUCAGUGUAGGAUCUGUGAGUGUACCCAGCACUUCUUACGGCGUGCCAAGCAAUGUUGUUCAUUCUGUACCUAAUGGCAUCUCAUCGAGCCAUGUCUCUUCAAAUGGAGUCUCUUCUGGAUUUGUGGGAUCUUUGAACGUACCCAACCACAGUUACGGAGUGCCAAGUUUUACCAGUGGAUCAGUGGUACCAGUAGCACCAGCGUCAUCAGUUAGUCUGUCACACAGUCAAUCGUAUGAUGUUCCAAGCUCUGGCCAUCAGUUAGUAGCACCACUGGCAUCAGUUAGCCUGUCACAAAACCAGUAUUCUGCUCCAAGUUCUGAUGAUGGAUAUUCAUAUCCUGUACCAUCGCAACAAUUAGUUUAA